GGGUUAGAGGGGACGGACGGACGGGGGGACGGCUGAUGGUGUGACACGCGGGGCUGUUGCAGACGUGGAUUUGAGACUCGCCUGAUGGCUCUGAAACGAAUGGGAAUUGUAGAAGAUUAUGAGAAAAUCCGUCAGUUCACAGUUUUAGUGGUCGGUGUUGGUGGAGUUGGAAGUGUGACGGCUGAAAUGCUGACAAGAUGUGGCAUUGGUAAGCUAAUACUGUUUGAUUAUGACAAAGUAGAGCUGGCAAACAUGAAUCGACUGUUCUUUCAGCCCCACCAAUCUGGACUAAGUAAAGUGGAGGCAGCAGAGCAUACAUUGAGGAAUAUUAAUCCUGACGUCCAGUUUGAAACACACAACAAUGACAUCACACCGAUGUCCAACUUUCAGCAUUUUAUGGAUCGAAUCAGCAAUGGUGGAAUAGAGGAAGGGAAGCCUGUGGACCUGGUACUCAGCUGUGUGGACAACUUUACAGCUCGGAUGGCAAUAAACACGGCCUGUAAUGAGCUUGGUCAGGUGUGGAUGGAGUCUGGGGUUAGUGAAAAUGCCGUCUCGGGACACAUCCAGCUCCUCAUCCCAGGAGAAAAUGCCUGUUUUGCGUGCGCACCCCCUCUGGUGGUUGCUGAGAACAUAGAUGAAAAGACACUGAAGCGAGAUGGGGUUUGUGCAGCCAGUCUGCCCACCACCAUGGGAAUUGUGGCAGGACUUCUUGUACAAAACGUCCUAAAGUAUCUUUUAGGCUUCGGUUCUGUGAGUUAUUACUUGGGCUACAAUGCCAUGAAGGAUUUCUUUCCCACAAUGGCCAUGAAACCUAAUCCCAGGUGUAGCGACCAAGCCUGCAGACAGCAACAGGAAGAAUAUAGGAAAAAAGAAGUGACCCGACCAAAACAAGAGGUGGAGGAGGAAGAAGAGGUGGUGCAUGAUGACAAUGAGUGGGGAAUUGAGUUGGUUUCCGAGUCUAUUGACCAAGAGCUGAAGACUGCCUCAGCCCCUCUACUUGACCUUCCGGAGGGAAUCUCACUAGCUUAUACUAUACCUGAAAAGGGGGAUGAUGAGAUUGCUGACAGUGACACAGUGCAAGAUACAAAUUUAAGUCUGGAAGACCUCAAGGCCAUAUUGAACAGUAUGUAAUGGUUUUGUCUUCACAAUGAAGUUUACUAAUAUAACCCAACUGGUUGGACCUAGCAACAUAAAAGCCUUAUACAGUACUCUGAUACCUCUGUAAGUGUUAAUCAUGAUAAAUGUAAUUUAAGUAUUCUGUGUGAUAUGAAGCAAUGACUCGUUUAAAUAACAUUGUGAGCUGCUAAUGUUUAAAUGCUUGAAAGCUAGUUGAAUAAAUAUCAGAUGGGCCCAAGGGUUGCUUAAAAAUGAACUUUCCAAAUUUCUCAGUGCUGUACUAUGGUCAAAUAAGUUGUAUAAUGAAUUCUGAUGAAUGUCUAAUAGUCAUGUAAUUUUGGGUGUUUUUAAGUCUAUUUCUCGAACUAAAUUGAAUAAUGUGUCUACUCUAUUUUGUGGGGGAUAAAAGGAGAAAGGAACACCGAAACCCAAUCUUUUUUUUAAAUCCAGGUAGAGACCAGUUACCUGGAACAUUUUCCUAUUCUCAGUUUAUUAGGGUCUGGGUGUUAUCUGAUAGUUUAAUUUCUGUGUUCUGCAAAUAAACAUUUUGAUGUGACUGGAAAAA